AAGACAAAUAUGAAUGUCAGUGUAUCCUUUCUGUACGACGAGCACAAAGUUGGAGAAAACUUCAAAGUUCUCCAAAUUCUACCACUCUUUAUUAUAUUGUAAUCAUCUCUGAAUUAGCCCAAAAUUUUCCCCAAAAAAAAUAAUCAACCCAUGAAUCUUCCACUGGCAGUCAAUCCUGAUGAAGCAUCUCGAGAAUGGAUGAGCAAAGGAGACAAUGCCUGGCAGCUGACAGCAACAACCAUGGUGUGCAUGCAGAGUGUACCUGGGCUUGUGAUUUUGUAUGGAAGCAUGGUGAAGAAGAAAUGGGCUGUGAAUUCAGCCUUUAUGGCGUUUUACGCCUUUGCAAUGGUGCUUGUUUGCUGGGUUUUAUGGGGACACAACAUGGCUUUUGGCAAAAAAAUGAGUCCUUUCGUGGGGAAGCCUCAUGCUGCUCUCACUGAUGGCUUCCUUCUGGAGCAGCCUAAGACGGGUUACCAAGUGCCCAACAGUGAUUAUGUGUUUUAUCAGUUUGCUUUUGCUGCAAUUACUGUUGUUCUGCUGGCUGGUUCGUUGCUGGGGAGGAUGAAUUUUUAUGCUUGGAUGGUGUUUGUGCCCUUGUGGGUGACAUUUUCUUACACCAUUGGAGCCUUCUCCAUUUGGGGAGGAGGGUUUCUGGAGAACUAUGUGAUUGAUUAUGCAGGUGGCUUUGUGAUUCAUCUUUCUUCUGGUGUGGCUGGUUUCACUGCUGCUUAUUGGGUUGGACCGAGGCACUCACGAGACAGGCAAAACUUCCCACCAAACAACAUAAUCCAUAUGCUGGGAGGAGCAGGUUUUCUGUGGCUGGGGUGGACAGGCUUCAAUGGUGGAGCUCCAUUUGCAGCAGGAACAAUUACAGCACUAGCCAUUGUCAACACUCAUCUCUGUACUGCUACAAGCCUCUUGAUCUGGGUCUCUCUAGACAUGAUCUUCUAUGAGAAGAGCUCUGUUAUUGGUGCAGUUCAGGGAAUGAUCACUGGCCUUGUUUGCAUCACACCUGGAGCAGGGCUUGUGGAGCCAUGGGGAGCUUUUAUAAUGGGUGUGAUGUCUGGUUCAAUUCCGUGGUACACCAUGAUGGUUCUGCACAGAAGAUCAGCCUUCUUCCAAAGCGUAGACGACACGUUGGGUGUCUUUCACACGCAUGCAGUGGCUGGAGUUCUCGGGGGCGUUCUCUCCGGCAUCUUGGCCAAACCGGAUCUUCUAAAGCUGAUGUAUCCCACCAAUAACUAUGGUCCAGGCUUAUUUUACAGCAUAUGGGAGAUGAAACAGCUCGGCCAUGGUUUUAGACAAAUUUGUUUUCAGCUUCUGGGAGCAGCUUUUAUCUCUGUAUGGAAUGUCAUUAUAACCACUGUGAUUUGUCUUCUUAUAAGCCGUUUCAUUGAUUUAAGAAUGGAUGAGGAGGAUCUUGAGGUAGGAGAUGAUGCUGUGCACGGCGAGGAAGCUUAUGCACUGUGGGGAGACGGAGAGAAAAUGAAAAAAUCUCUUCGUCUCCGAAUUCGUCCCAGGCUUUCUUACUUCUGCCGGCGUUAAGUUUAGCAGAGUUUCAGAGUAAUAAGUCUUAUAAGAAUGCUGUAAUGCUCGUUACUGCACCUUUUGCUUGAUUCUUUAUUGUAUAAGCAUCAUCACAUUUGCAUUUACAUAUCCGUAAUGGUAAGUUUUGAUGUUAAUGGAAA